UCUCAUAUUCUUAUGAAAAAUUUAUUAUUAAAUCUAUCUUGAUAUUUUUUCAUAGCCACAAAUUCAACAAUGGCCACUGGUGGAACGGAAAACGAGGAAAUCGUACAGGAUAUCAUAUUUGAACAGACUAUGACAAAUGGAGGAGGAAGGUCAACACAAAUCUUAUCAUCUCCAGAUUCGGGUAAAAAUGGUACUCGUGGACAAACUGGACUGUUCCAAUCUUUUUCUCACCCAGGUGUCAACAUCAGUGAAAAACAGACACCAACAAGCAUUGCACGAAGUCUCUCAAAACCGGAGGGAUCAAAAAAUUCACUAAUAGCGAGCUUGUCUGUUAAGAGUAACAAACAAUCAAAAGUUGAAAAGUCACCAACAGGAAAAAAGAAGUCUGUAAAGCGGAAAGUUCUUGAUGCCUUGAAAGGGAAUAAAUUUCAUGGGAAAGAUAACUCGAUUCUCGAGCAUAGAAAUGCCUUGGAUACUAGUUUAGGGGCCAAACCAAAACUGUCUUCUACAGCCACCAAACUAUCAGUCACCACAAAUGCAGAAGUGAACCCUGCAAGAAAUAGUAUCAGUUCUUCUAUUACUGAAAUUAUUGUAUCAAAAGAUAGCAUUGCAGAUUUAGACGUCGAUGUUAUAGUUAGUAGUGAAGAUUCUGCAAUACAAAGCGGUGGUAUGGUGGCUAAGAUUAUUGCUGAAAAAGGAGGUCACCUCCUAGAGGUAUGCAAAGACUGUUUGAGAAAAAUGUGUUCGACUAUAGCUUACUGGACGUUCCAACCCACCCCUGCUACGGAAAAAUUAAAAUGUAAACAUAUCUUCCAUGCUGUUGUGCCGCAGUUUUCCAUUCAAAAUCAGGAUAAAUGGACCAAUGGACUUCGAUCCUUGUUGAAAAAUAUAAUCAGUAGAACGGAGUUUAUGGGAUACGAGUCUUUAGGCGUUCCAUUAAUUGGCACUGGAAAGAAUGGGGCACCGACCGACUUUGUGAUUGAUUUGGUUUGCGAAUCUGUGAAUCAGUUAUCUCCCUACAAAACAUCCACUAAAGGUUUGAAAACUGUGAUUAUAGUCCAUCCUGACAAAAGAGUCAGGCAAAUUAUAGAGGAAAGAGUUAAACUUUUACAAAAUGACGCUCCAAAGCAAACAACAAAGAUUCCACAUAAGACAACAAAAGUUAACGGAAAAAAAUACAUCCGAAAUGUUGAAGAUAGAAAGACGGACACAUGUCCUAUUUGUUUAGAAGAAAUGUCCGGUUCCAAAUUGAGACAGCUUUCCAGAUGCAAUCAUAUAUUCUGUAAGAAAUGUCUUGAAGAGUGUUUUAAACGAAUGCCUACUUGUCCGGUGUGCAACAUGGUAUACGGAGAACUAACCGGAAAUCAACCAGAAGGUAUUAUGAUGGAAUGCUUCCAAAACGAUGUCCAUCUACCUGGUUAUAAAGAUUGUGGCUUAAUCAAGAUUUUCUACUCAUUCCUCGGUGGGAAACAAUUGAAAGGUCAUCCAAAUCCAGGUAAAAGUUAUGAAGGAACGAAACGGGUAGCAUACUUACCGGAUAACUCGGAGGGUCAAAAGGUUCACCGGUUACUGAGACGCGCCUUCCAACAACGUAUUCUCUUUACAAUUGGUAGUUCUAGGACAACUGGAAAAGAAGAUGUGGUAACAUGGAAUGAUGUUCAUCAUAAAACUAGAAUAGACGGAGGACCUGCAAGGUUUGGAUAUCCAGAUCCUGAAUAUAUUUCACGCGUCCUUGACGAACUUGCAGCAAAAGGAAUAACAGAAGAAUAGCAUUGUUAAUAUCUUGUCAUGAAACAUAACAUCCUUUCCACAACUCAAUUGAUGCAAUUGUCUCUUCAAUCAAACAUGUUUCAGUACGAAUACUACGUUUACUAUUUUUUUGUGGAUGUUACAAGCAAAUAGGAACGAUGUAUCAUUAUUGUUGAAAGAAAAGUAUAUGUCUCUAUUCUAAGAUUGAAAGACGUUUCCGUGAUUGGGUAUAUUUUAAAGUAAUGUAUUGGUUUUGAAAUAGUUGAUUUUAGAGAAUCAUAGAAAAUAGUAUUACUAGAGAUAUAAAUGCAAGACAUUUUAAGUUUCUUUGGUGUAUAACAAGAUUUUGUUUGUCAAGUUUUUGCUUAUAAUAUUUUAAUGGUUUUACAUUAUUUACAGUGCUAUCCUUGUAGAUGUAUUUAUUUUUUUUUAAAUCAUAUAAUAUAAUGAGAAUAAUUAUUUUAAUCAAUCAUCAUUGCUUUACUAUAUUGUAUCUUAAAACCUUUAAGAAAAACAAAAAGAAUAUAAACAGUGUUUCAUUUUGUGUCGAUUAUUGUACGUGUGGUGCUAUGUUAUUUUGAAUGUAUUUAUUUAUUUAUAAUAUUUACUUAAUAUUUAUUUGCUUGUUUAUAUCGCUUCAUUAUGGGCGCAUAAUAUGUGAAAAAUUGUCGGCCUAGUCAUGCAUCUUUAAUUGUUUUAAAAAUUAUUUUAGUUAGCAAAGUCCUUUCUAAACGGUCACAAUCAUCCUCGAUCUGUAGUCCUUUCUAAACGGUCACAAUCAUCCUCGAUCUGUAGUCCUUUCUAAACGGUCACAAUCAUCCUCGAUCUGUAGUCCUUUCUAAACGGUCACAAUCAUCCUCGAUCUGUAGUCCUUUAAGUUCUUAGCAACUUGAGGUAAAUGGAUAGUCAUUCGUUUAGGAAAUUACUUGAAAAGUUCAGUUAGAAGCGUUCAUGUGUUGAACGUACGGUAUGAUCUCACUAUAUGUUUGCGAAUAGCUUAUUUAAAUCCUGUAUUUGUUGUAUUUUUGAGUGCAAUAAAACAUUUGCGUGAUGUGUCAAAUAUAUGUGCUGUCUUUUAUAUCAUUUUUCAAAUCAGUGGUCAUCCUGUCGAUAGCUGUACCAUAUGUACUGCGCAAGUUUUUUAUUGUUUGUUUUACUUUUUCAUUAUGGUUUAGAUAUAUGCAAGGGGGAGUUUGUGUAAACUUAAACCGGUACGCCUCAUUUGUAGCCUGUACAGAUUCAAGCUAUCUGAACCAUGUGUUGUUCGUUGUUGUUUAUGUUUUUUCCGGAGGAAUCAGAAUAUUGGUGGGUGGUGUUGUCUGUUGUACUGUCCAAAAUUUUGUGAUAAACCAUGUUAUGUAUUAUAUGAAUUUCAUGUCAAGUUAGCCUUUCGUGUAUAUAAUGAAAAGUAGAAUAAAGGAAAAGAUUAAUGGUUUUGAGAGUAAAAGUA